GCAAGAACCAUGAUGCUCACUCGCGCUGUAGGUUUGGGGCCAGCCCUCAGGCAAGCUGCAUUUGCUCCGCGAUUGGUUCAAAAUCAGGUCGUCGGUCGGAGCCUCAUUGCCAAACGAAAUGUCCAGAUCCAGUCACUCCCAUCUACAGCAUCUGUUGAAAUUCUCAACAAACAGCGUCUCAAACGCCCCAGCAGUCCUUGGCAUAUCUACCAGCCUCAGCUACCAGCAAUCACCUCCAUCGCCAACCGUGCCACUGGCGCCAGCCUUGGUGCUCUGCUCUAUGGUUUCUCCUUGGCCUAUCUCGUCGCUCCAGGGACCUUCGACAGCACCCAUAUUGUUGAAUUUGUGGGCGGCCUCCCUGAUGUUGUCAAAUACGUGGGAAAGACCAUUCUUGCUGCACCAUUUGCUUACCAUUCCUGGAACGGGGUGAGGCAUCUUGUCUGGGAUUCGACAACCAAGUUUCUUUCCGUGGAGAGCGUCUACAAUACUGGCUAUGCCAUGCUGGGUCUUGCCGGUCUAUCAACCAUUGUACUUGUAUUUAUGUGAAUGAACUCCUGGAUUUGUUUUCGAGCGAGCAUAAGAGUGCACUGAGUUCCCACGACUGUUGCAUGUAGCAUAUAAAGUGUAUCACAGAUCUCUGCAAAUAAUCGAUUUUUGUCUCCAGUU